CAAAACAAACACUUCCUCAAAAUGAUGAUGAACGCUUUCAUUGACCCAACGACCACCAGUCAACAUCAUUUGGCCACCUACGGCAUUCGCAUGUCACCCACAAAUACUGCCCAACAGCAGACAGAUUUAGCUGGCCACCAGCAGUUGCAACAGCAGCAACAACAACAGUCGCCCCAAGAAGAUCCCCAACAACAAUUGGAUACCAGUGGCCUAAUGUCAUCAGCCAUGUCUUCGGGCAUUUCCAGUGAUAUGUCAUCACCCUCAUCGGCCUAUCAAAACAGUGGCUAUGGACCCUUCAAUACCCAAUUGGGUUCCUAUUCUUCACGUGACUUUUUGUUGGGCCGCCGCAGCGAACAGGAUUACAUGUCUGGGUCGGCCACAGCUCAAGCUGUGGGCCAAGGUGCCAGUGCCACCGAUUCUAUGUUGUUCCCCACCUUUCCUGCCUCACAUGCCAAUCAUCCGGAUUUAACCGGUUCCUUUGGCCAGCAUCCCUUCCACUCACAUCACCACGCUGCGGCCCAUCACCACCAUUCGCAUCAAAUGCGCAUGGGUAUGGCCGAUUAUGCCACCCAUCCCUACGCCCAUGCGCAACAUCAUGCCAAUUUUCCGUCGGUACAUGCUGCACAUCAUGCCCAACACAUGGGUAUGCAUCCCGCCGGUGCUGGGGCAUUUUUGCGCUACAUGCGUCACCAGCCACCCACCUCAGCCUCGGCCAUUAAACAGGAAAUGCAAUGUCUGUGGAUAGAUCCCGAUCAGCCCGGCCAACCCAACAAUCGCAAAACAUGUAACAAAAUCUUCCAUUCGAUGCAUGAGAUUGUGACCCAUUUGACUGUCGAACAUGUUGGAGGACCCGAAUGCACCACCCACAUUUGUUACUGGAUUGGUUGUUCGCGCAACGGUCGCCCCUUCAAGGCCAAAUACAAAUUGGUCAAUCACAUUCGUGUCCAUACCGGUGAAAAGCCAUUUGCCUGCCCACAUCCCGGAUGCGGAAAAGUCUUUGCACGCAGUGAAAAUCUCAAGAUCCACAAGAGAACGCAUACAGGUGAAAAACCUUUCAAAUGUGAACAUGAGGGCUGUGAUCGCCGUUUUGCCAAUUCAUCGGAUCGUAAGAAGCACUCACAUGUCCACACAUCGGAUAAACCCUACAAUUGCCGCAUUAAUGGCUGUGAUAAAUCCUAUACGCAUCCAUCAUCACUGCGCAAGCACAUGAAGGUUCAUGGUAACAUUGAUGAAAAAUCACCAUCUCAUGACUAUGACAGUGAAGGCGAGGAAUCAUCCUCUUCAAGUAUGGUAACCGGUGGCGCCCAAACCCCACCCUCAGCCCGUCUAACCAGCGAUAAUUCAUCCGGAAAUGGCAGCCUAAAUAAAUCCUCACCGCAUUCCAUUAAAUCUGAACCAGGCCAGCCCACAACAACAAUGCAUAAUGUCCAUCUGGGAGCCUCGUCGAGUGGCAGCAGUAGCACAAACAGCAGUUCACAUCAUAAUCAGCAACAUCAUCAACAAUCCUUGGCCAGCCAACAACAACAACAGCAGCAACAACAACAACAAUCACACCAUCAUCAUCACCAUUUGAAUCAUCACGAGAGUGCAUCCAGUAAGUCGUCUGCUUUGCAAUUGAUGGCUGCUUCAUCAGCGUAUCUACCACCACCAUUGGGUCCACCACCAUCUCUGACGGCCGCUGGAAGUUCUCAUCAUCAUGGUCAUCAUCAUCACCAUCAGGGUAUGGCCGGUUCACCCACCUCAUCGGCCAGUGGUAAUGCUGCCGCCGCCUCAAUGUUGGCCGUUGGUGGUCAUCAUCCCAAUCACCAUUUGUUGUAUCAUCCGGCGGCCCAACAUCACGCAGCCACCGAUUGGUAUCAUGCUGCUGCUCCAACAGCCGGUGCCGAUGCCAUGAACCCCUUGAAUCAUUUUGGCCAUCAUCAUCACCACCAUCAUCUGAUGCAUCCUGGAGCCGCUACAGCCUAUUGAACGUAAAUGAAAGAGAUUCUUAGGACAUUGUAGGUCUUUGUGUUUUAGGAAAUUUUUUUCAUUAGCCAC